CAGAUGGAGGACGAUAUGUGGUGCGUUAGCUCAUCUGGUUCUUCAAGAAGCUAUCGAUCAGAAACUGCUGCUAAGUAUCAAUCAGGGCCUUAUCUAGAUUUGGAAGAGUUUGAAGAAGUUGACGAUAUAGCAGUGGAGUACCCAUGCCCGUUUUGCGCGAGUGGUUAUGAUUUAAUUGAAUUGUGUCACCAUAUCGACGAAGAACAUCAUCUUGAAGCUAACAAUGGGAUAUGUCCUGUUUGUAGCAAAAGGGUGAAGAUGCAUAUGGUGGAUCAUAUAACAUCACAUCAUAGAGAUAAGGAAAUGUCGUACAGGGAAGAUCCAUAUUCAUCUGAUAAAUAUUUUCAACCACCUCUUGAUGAGUCGCCACCAUCUAGGAAUCAUCAUCAUCGUACCUCUAAUUUUGUUGUUUCCGAUCAGUUUUUAUCAUUCAUCGACAAUUCUGCAUUACCAAAUCAGACCAAGCUUGUGCAGCCUGAUGCAAGUGUAGAAGACAAGAAUCCGAUUAAGGAUUCGUCAACAGCAAAAGAGGGGACAUCGUCGUCUCCUUUAUCGGAUAGUGAUAAAUUGGAGAAGGCAAAGAAGUGUGAGUUUGUACAGGGACUAUUGUCAUCAGCCAUGUUUGGUGAUGAAUGUGACUUCUUCUGAGUAAAAAAAAGUAAAAUAAAGAUGUGAAGUCGCCAAUGGGAAAGGGCAGGUGAUUGUCAUUGUUGUAAUUUAUUAAGCUCUAUUUAUUUAUAUGCAUCUUUUUUACAGACAUAACACUAGCUUUAGUCUUAUAAUAUAAGCUGAUGAGUUUU